AUGGAAGUAACAACAGAACGAACUACUACGUCAACUUCAACAACAACGUUACCAACAACAUCAACAACAACAAAGCCAAAACCGAAAUUCAACAAAUGGAAACGAAAUGCCAGCACUGUGGCUGGUGGAAAUAAAGAUGGAGGGGAAUUAAAUCAACUCUAUGCUCCUGUUGGAUUCUCUAUUGAUAAAAAUAAAAAUAUUUUCAUUGCUGAUACUUAUAAUCAUCGUAUUGUUGAAUGGAAAUAUACUGCGAAGGAAGGACAAAUCAUUGCAGGUGGAAAUGAUCAAGGAGAUCGAAUGGAUCAAUUGAAUGAGCCAACAGAUGUGAUUGUUGAUCAACAAGAUCAUUCGAUCAUCAUUGCUGAUCGUGGGAACAGACGAGUGAUUCAAUGGAUCAAUCAAACUCAACAAAUUCUCAUUGACAAUAUUCGCUGUCGUGGCUUGGCAAUGAAUAAACAUAGAUUUCUUUAUGUUUCUGAUCAUGAGAAGGAUGAAGUGAGACGAUGGAAAAUGGGAGAAUAUAACAAUGAAGGAAUUGUAGUGGCAGGUGGAAAUGGACAAGGAGAUCAACUCAAUCAACUCAGUUCUCCUAGUCAUAUCUUUGUUGAUGACGAUCAAUCGGUUUAUGUAUCAGAUGUGAACAAUCAUCGUGUAAUGAAAUGGAGAAAAGAUGCAAAAGAAGGAAGAAUUGUGGCUGGAGGAAAUGAUAAUGGAGGAAAUCUCAAUCAACUGUUUUUUCCUCAUGGAGUAAUUGUUGAUGAUUUCGGUCAAAUCUAUGUGGCAGAUUAUCUGAAUUUUCGAGUAAUGCGUUGGUAUGAAGGAAACGAAGAAGGUGAGAUUGUUGUUGGUGGAAAUGGUUAUGGAGGCAAUUCAAAUCAAUUGAAUCGUCCCACUGGUUUAUCUUUUGAUGAUGAAGGAAAUCUUUAUGUUGCUGAUAUGGGAAAUCAUCGAAUUCAAAAAUUUGAAAUAAUUUUGUGA